GCAGAAUGCGUUUUCGGCAAGCAGGUCCGCGAGCUAGGGUCCCAGUGGAUACCUGAUCUUGGAGUGCCCAUAGGAGUACUUUAUUGCAUGAAAUGCGAAUGUGUAGCAAUCCAAAGAAAACGAAGAAUAGUAGCGAGGGUCCAGUGCAGGAACAUCAAAAGCGAGUGCCCUGAACCAACUUGUGAAGAGCCAGUGUUGCUUCCAGGAAGAUGCUGUAAAAGCUGUCCUGGAGAUGAUCAUAAUCCGGACAUCAUUCAAGAUAUUGUGCCACAGAACGUCAUUGAUGAGGAGGAAAAAAGCAUCAAACAUUACGCAGCCUUACUGUCAGGAAGAUCCUCCCUGGACCUCAAGAACGACAGUAUGACCCACGACCUGAACAAAAACAACGUCGUAGCAACCGGAAGAUUCACCUUCCACAAAAAGAACCUACACUAUUCCUUCUACAUCUCAGAGAAGGCAGCACGACCUAGAACUUUGCAAUUCUUGGACAGUGUAGGCAACAUCCUAGAAGAGUUCACCCUCUCCCAUGCUGGAGGUUUGGUGAACAGUUUGUACCAAAACGCCACCAGAAAGGUAUGUGGUGUAUGGAAAAGGUUACCAAAGGACUACCGAAGGCUGUUGAAGCAAGAACGAAUGUACGUCGUUCUAAUCUGGGGAGCAAAGGACGCUGAGUUCACCUUGAGUGGCAAACUGAGCAGAUACGUCGCCCUGGCAAGUGAACAGUUCAGCUCUUUGCUGGAACCAGCGCCUGGUACUGAUCCAACAUUGAUGGCGGGUGCAGGCGGUACUGCAAUUGUGUCAACAUCGUCGUCUGUGUCGCCAUCGAUACACGUGGCCAUCAUCUUCAACGGCUUGUUUACUCCUGACGAUUACUUGGAAGUGCCGCUCAAUAUCACCAUGACCUUGGACGAGAAGAAGCAGAUCGUGCUGCAAGAGGCUUUCUUGCAGGACGUUCGAGUGCACAAACCGGCUACCGACCUGAACCUCGUCGAAGUCAGCUCUCCAGUAACACAAGCCCAACUGCGACUGAUCAGCAGAGGUCGCAUCCUGCUCUCCAUAUCAUCCGUUUCCAAACCAGAUGCAAUGAGGCUGAGUGGAAAUGUGAUCACCAAGGCCACCUGCGAACUGUUCCAGACCACGCUGGCUUCUAGCCAAUCAGAACACGAGGCAAAACCACAUGGCACGACAGGAUUGGCUUGGAUGUACCUCAACAACCAAGGGGCGCUCAUAUACAGUGUUCAAAUUGACAAUCUGCCUAGUGCUCAGCAGUAUCCCAUCAUUACGCUUGUGGAUAUGAGUACUAAGAGGAGAACCGAACUUGAGGAUUUAACACCAAAUUUCCAUGAUGGAUGGGCAAAUGGCACUCUAGAUAAGCUAAGCCCCAAGAUUCUCGAGCCCCUAUACUUCGGCAAACUAGACGUUACGGUAGCCAUAGCGAACGAUACCAUUAUCCAUGGCCGUUUGACAGCCAAACCUGUCGCAGACGCCAGAGAUGCACCCUCUCCAAUUCUCCUCAAAAAAGGCAACUUCUCCCUUCCUGCAUCCGCUGUUGGUUUGGCCUGGAUCUCCGUGGACAAUGACUGCCUCCUUCACUAUGACGUCACGCUAUCCGGUUUGGGACAUGACAGGAAGUUGGAGCUGUACAUGGAGUUGUAUCCGAUGAUCGCCCCUGGAGCGCCGUAUAUACAGAAGCAGCUUGAGGAGUUUGAGGGCAAUCAGGUGGAAGGAAGUCCCGUCGAUGUCCUGUCCAAAGAGGAACUGGACCGGCUAGACAGCGGCGUAAAUUUUCUGAAGAUUCGGGACGUCCAGACCCAAGUGGUCCUCCUAAAGGGCACUGUGACCAAAGUGAAGAUUCCACCGUCCUGUCGACCCAGUUACUCGGACAACAACAUUCCCACACUUCUAGACCAUCCGGACCACCCGGCGGCUACGCUGACAACUGGAGAGUGUUUCUUCGAGGACAAGUUCUACAAAAUAGACACCUCGUGGGUGUCCUCCAAAAAUUCCUGCAAGAUGUGCUUCUGCCAGAAUGGCGUGCCGAAAUGUGAUUACAUGACAUGUCCGGAACUGAAUUGUCCCAACAACAAUAAGACCCACGUGAUCGGAGAAUGUUGUCCGGUUUGUGGUGGGAAGGACCUAGCGAACGAUAGCAACCACAAAUGCUUCUUCAACGGCAGAACGUACUCCCCAGGAAGCAAAUUCCACCCGUUCCUGAUCCCUAUUGGUUUCGACCUAUGCACCGAGUGCACGUGCGACCCAAAGUAUUUUGAAAUUAAAUGCAACAGAUUGAACGAUAACGAAAAAUCGUGUACGAAGCACAAAGCACCAAUCAAUAUCAACGAUCAACUUGUUGAGGAUGAAAGGCAUCUGAUUCACAACAGUUUUGUACCACCGAGAAAAGAGGUUCCUACCAAACCUGCGGAUUUGAUCAUCAAAGAAGGAGGGUGCAGAAAUUUAAACAACCCCCUGAAGCCGUAUCAAAAUGGAAGCAGCUAUCACCCGUUCAUUGGGUCUCUAGGAGAGUACAAGUGUGUUACCUGUAAAUGUCAAAAUGGUAACCAAACUUGUCAGAGGCAGCAAUGCGAUUGGUCCACGUGCAAGAUGAUGUUCGAAGUGCGUAAAGAGCGUAAAGCUAAGAAAAUGUCGAUGAACUAUUCCGAAUUCUGCUGCAGGCUGAAGGACUGCCGAAAGCUCAGGCACAGCAAAAAUCGGUCGUCUGUCAGCAGGAUGGUUGCUGAUACCACCGUCGAAAAGAUUAAUUUCUCUUAAAGGAUGUAAGAAAAUCCUAUGGAGAGAGUUUUUGUAGAGUCGGCUAAGGAUAGAAAUGGAGGACUUUUAGGUCCACAGUUACCCUGAACCAAAGAAGACUGAAAAGGCAGUUGCGGAAAGUUAUAGACGUUAGACGAGAAAGUGGAGCUGUCAAUAUUUAUUUCGUAAUUUAAGGUGUUUUAUUUUCGUAACGUUUGGGCUAUUCAGGGUGAGGCGGACACGUUUGUGCGUAUUAACGAGAGUUCCGUCAUUCCACGCGUCUUCCUCGUCAUGGAUCAUAAUUGGUGAAUAGCUGCGGUAAGGUGUAUAUUAUGUCAUGCCAACUAGAUAUACUGUAUGGUUCAACUCUUAUAUUUUUUAGUUGAAAAAAUAUACGCUUCCAUACAUCAAUGCAUCACGGAAAUGUUAAAGAGAUCGAAGUACGUUUUUGUCGGAAAGAACCUCCACUUAGCCUCUCUGACAAACUUCGAGCAUUUUGUACCAUUUUAGUAGUUUUUCAUUCAUUUGUGAAUUUUGAAAAAAAUUUACUUCUCGCGAUGCUUUUCAAUACGUGUACGUGACGUUCAAAACGUGUAUCGUCUCACUCUGUGUAAGUUGUAAUAUAAUUUUUAAAAGAGCAAAGUCAGAUAACGACAGAUAAGAGUAUUUUAGAUUUAUUUAUUUUAUUUUUUUAGUUUCACGCGCCAAGCCGUUAUCUGACUGUGUUCAUGAUAACGGAAACAAUAUUUAUUUGACAGAAAAAUACAAUCUUUAAAUUAUUCCAUAGGUGUAAAGAUGAUGCUUCUGAGAGUGAGAUAGUCGAGGUUUUUUGUACUUUCUGUGCAGGGAGAUGGUUUCAAACUAGUAACAUUGACAUUUUGAGCUAUAAACAAAUUCUUCUAACAUAUCUCAUAGAUGUCUUCCAUUAGAAUACAUAUCAAAUCAUGCCAAGCCAAUGUUAAAAAAAGUUCAAAAGAUAAAAGUAAGAACAUAUUUAAAUAAUUAUAACUCGCAUGCAAUAGUUAACACUGAGUUUUGUCAGUUGACCUACUUGUUGGAAUCAUUGUUCCUGAACAAAUUUCGACUAAGCCUUCAAUCGCGCAAAGUCUAUAAAGUAUACAGGGUGGUACCAGUUAGUCGAACACUGUCAAGUGCUGCUUGAAGUGUCUUUUGAUGCCUUAAGCUGAUGACGGUAAUUUUCAGAAAGCUCAAGUUUUUAACGUCGAUAUUUGAUCGUCAUUCUGCGAAUUUAUGAAAUCUUCCUGAGUCAUCGUCACUCCGCCACUGGUAUCCCAUGAAGAUCUCGCCCACUGCUAGUUCGAUGGGGGUCGUUUUGGACUGUUUUUGCCCGAAUUUUUUUUUUUUAUAAAAGUCAGAUAAUUAUUUUUUCAAUGUCUUCCAGCCUUAUAAGUCGAUUCACCUCAAUAAUGAGUGAUUUUUUUAUUCCCCAAACCAAAAUAUAUACGUUUCUCAAUCAUAACUUAUCAAAUAUAGGUCAAGCCUGACUCCAGGGAUUAUUUUAAUAAAUAACAAGCGAUAUAGGCGAUUGACUCAGAACAUUCUUAUAAAUUCCUACUGUAUACUGUCAAGUGUAUGUUUCACCCUAUACAGUAAUUUAACUAUGCUCUCUCGCUACGUAUCCGAUCAAAGAAGGCAAAGCUUUGUGCGUUUGGAGGUGACGACUCAAUAUACUCAUUAGAGAAGAAGGCUGAUAUUAUGAAGACAAAUGAACAUCGCAGAAAAACAAAAUCGCAAUAUGUAUAAUAUUUAUACUGCAAUUGUUUUUCUGCGAUAGGGUGUGUGAUGAUCGAGAACAUUGGUUGUCAGAAAGCAAGCGAGCGUAGAAAACGUGUCAUAUCAUUGGUCAUAUCCGACGAUUUUUGCGACCAUUGUUUUUGUAGUGUUAGCAGGACAUAUCUUAUUGGUGCCAUUUACGCGUGUUAAAAAGGUUAAAGUACUUAAUAUGGUAGGCUUUGUGAAAUUUUCCGGGACGGAAAGUACGUCUACAAGAAUAUAGUCCAGUGCUUUUAGGCACAGUCAGUAUACACGACGUGAUCAAAUUUCAUCCAAUAGAGCAAUUCCUUGUUAUGGUGAAAACAGAAUGUUUCCAAUCUUACGUAUUGCAAAAAAUAUGACAAUGUACUUACUCUUCUAGUUUUUCGGACAAAUAGUACCUUGACCAAAAACGCAAAAUUUUCCCUUUUAAUAUCAGUAUUUGAAAAGCCGAUAAACCCUGGACUAUGAAGAAGCAGUAGAGGAGCAUUUAACUAACAGGGUUGUAAUGAUACCAAAGCCAACCCUGGUGUGAAACUUGAAGGAGUGAAGAAAUAGUACAGUCGGCGGUCUUUUUUCCUUAUGGACGGAAAUCUAAUUUCAAAAUAAAGAGACUGUUGUCAUAUUAGGCACUGUAUGUACUAUUGAGUUAAAGAUGUUAUUUGGCUGUGCAUUGAAAACAAAAUAUGAAUAUAACAUGGUUUGGCUUUGGUCUUUUGACACACCUUGUAUAAGCAUGUACAUUUUAUAUUCGGAAUCUCCUUACGCAAUAAUACAGUAUUUCGCUAAAUUGUUAAGUUAUAUGUAGUAUUUCGCAACGAGUGAAUGUAAUUUUCUUAAAUAUAAGACCUACAGAAUGUGAAUAGGUUUGUAUAUUUCUUUUUGUGUACCCAAAAAUUGCAUAGUUUUUUUUAUUUUUAUUUUUUUUUUGCUGACCAUACAAGGUGACUGUGUUUUGUAAGAGAUGAAAAAUGUCUCUUUUUUCUAGUCACCCUGUACCAGACUAGUCCUAGUCAGUAGUUUAGUCAGUUCCAUAAUAAUUUUCGUUAGUUAUUUGACGCAAUUUUGAUAAUUUACGCUUUAAACCAUCUCAAACUUCACCUUUCCUGUUCCAUUUUACAUGGACUGACUUAUGUUUAUAUUCCCUGUAUACAAAAAUGUAAUUUUACAAAUCGUUGUUUCGUCAAUCAAACAAUUUCAAAAAACCGGUUAAUGUUUUUGGUACAAAUUACAUUUUUUUAUUAUCAUCAUUCGGGUAGCUGUAAUAGCAAAGAUGUUUCAGAUGAAUCAUGAUAUUCUGAAAACAGCUCCAUAUUUAUUUCCAAAAUUGUGUUGCAGACCAGGGCUGUACUUGUAUAUAUUUAUUGUUAUUUCGGAUGAAAGUGAAACCAUAUAAUAAUUUGUAACCUAAAUAAUACUAAGAUAUACGCUUUGUACAUUUGUUUUAGUUUAUAAGCACACAAGUCUAUGUUAUAGGUAGAACGAACUUAUACAUUAACUAACUUUUUUUUAUUUAAGUUGUAAUAUAGUGAUAUGUGGGACUAAUGAAAAUUGCAUUUGAUAAAUGUUAAUGUCUUUUUCAAUAGGGAUUAUGUAAAUAUUAUUAGCAAAUGCAGUACGUAACAUGUAAAAGCUAUUUAAUUCUAAGUGUACCUGCUAGCUAGAAAUAUAUGCUUCAUUAAUAC